ACUAGAACUACGGUCGUGAGCAUUCUCAUUUCCUCUCUGAUAAAAAAUUUUAGUUUAUUUAAAGUAAAAUUCUUAGACUCAACGUGGAAUUGCUGGUAUCAUAUAUCAGAAAGGAAAUCUUACAUAUGUCAUUGCAAAUGAUUUAGUGAUAAUUCUACAAUAGGUUUAUUUGUUUAUUGAUUGAAAAAAAUACAUAUAUACAUAUAUCCUGUUCAACAUGAAGAGUCAGUAGAGGUACAGACGUAUAUGACUGUAAAAACUAAUUGCAUUUAUCAUGGGAAAUCUGUGCUUAUCUUGUUGCAAAGAAUCAUCUUCGUGCGAAGAUUUAACACCAGAUUUGGAAACUAGGAGAAGGAAGCAAAUGGAAGCUGCAGAAAGAAGAAUUGCUGAACAACAAAAUCGAGGUAUUAAAAAUACUGAUGCUGUUAGAAGGCAAGAAAGGCUAGAUCAAUUACGUGAGAAGCGCCAAGAAGAAGUUGGCAAUAGGAAUAUGCAAAAUAAUUUAAAGUGGCAAAUUAGUUAAUCAUAAUCCUGAAUGGAAUUUGCUGCAAUAUUCAAAUUUUCAAAAAUAUGCAAGUUGGAAUUAUUAAGAAUAUAUACAAUGUACAAAAGGUGUAUUUUAUAUGGUACUGUUUAUUGAUAGAAAUCAAAGAAGGUAAUGUAGGUCUGCAUUAUGCGAAAUAUAAAUAUUUAAAGAUAUAUACAUUUGCAUAUAUAGACGUAUAUCUGUUUUCAUAGAUUAUGUUUUUUAUAGUGCCUUAAAUAUUUAUAUUAAUUAUACCAAUAUUUUCUAUGAUAUAUAAUUAAAAAUGUAAUUGUAAUAUGUGACUAAGUGUGUCACAAAAAUAUAUGCUAUAUUAUGAAUAAUUAUUAUUACAUCUAAUCUAAUGAUUUUUGUUUUAAUAUUACUUAUAUUUUUCAUCCUGAUAUAUAUUUAUAUAUCAAUAUCACAAACGUCUGAUGUUUUAAUAAUCUAAUUAAUGUUUGACAAAACAAUAUAUCUUAACUAUAUAUAUAUAUAUAAGAUCAUCAUGAUCAAAUUCUUUAUAUUUUGUUAUUAUUGUUGGAUAUACUUUUAUUAAGAUUGCAUAAUAUUCAGCACACACUAGAAUAUAUUUGUUCAUAUUUAUUCAUGUGGCAUAUUUAAUAAGAAAAUUAAAAAUGAAAGUCACUUGUAAAAUUUCAUUUGAUAAUAAUAAUACAUACAUGUGGUUGUGUAAAAAAUACAAGGCUAAUGAUACAUAUAAAACUAAUUUAUAUUUAUUUUCUAUAAUGUGAUAGAUACAUUGAAAAUGAUGUACAGUGUAGGCUGGCUGUAAUGUUAGUAAUCAUGAUAAUACCUGUCAUUAAAUGUAAAUGUACGUUUAUGUAUAAAUAAGUUUGUUAACAGCAUAAGUGAAAAAAUAAAUGUUUAAAUGAAGAAUA